CGCGUCUUCGAUCUAUUGGCUAACAUGUUUUUAUGACACUGUCAGUACUACUGGCUUAGCUCGCUAGUUUUAUUAGAUUAAUUGAAAUACGCGAUAAAGUAUAAUGUUUACGAAUCAAAUAUCCAUAUUUCCAUUCCAAAGAUAACAGCUUUCAGUGUCCAAGACAUCCAACACAAAUCUACGAACAUAUUCAGAGUUGCGGGAAGGACGAGACGAGGGAAUCCAUAGAGGUACACCGAAUCCGGAGACUGACAAUCUGGGAGGAGAGGAGAACACAAGGAGCAGAGACAGGAGGUAAGGCACAAAGGGUCACUCUUUGAGAGGAAACGCUGGACUACAGGCAUGUGACAGCUGCUGAGGUGGAGGUGGCUGGGUGAAAGAUGACUUUACUGGCAGGCGAUGGUUCGGAUUACGACUACAGCGCUUUGAGUUGCACCUCGGACACCUCUCUGAAUGUGCCGCCCAUCCAGGAGCAAGAGGCCCUCAAGGGUGUUUAUUACAAACGGGCGCAACGACUGCCUCCGACCGACCCCAGCAUCCCCGAUGCGCUCCAUCCGGACGACAACACCAACCUACUGUCCUGCGGCCAGCAGCUGCACGUCAUCAUUAAUGUGGGUGGCCUGCGGUACCAGCUUCCCUGGACCACGCUGGAGGACUUCCCCCUCUCACGCCUGGGCCAGUUGCGUCUGUGCAGCAGCUUUGACGAGAUCAUGCGGGUGUGCGACGACUACGACGUGGUCCACAACGAGUUCUUCUUCGACCGCAGCCCCUGCGCCUUCCGGACUAUCCUCACCUUCCUGCGCGCUGGGAAGCUGCGCUCUCUGCGCGAGAUGUGCGCCCUGUCCUUCCAAGAAGAGCUGCUCUACUGGGGCGUCCCGGAGGAGAGCUUGGAAUGGUGCUGCCGGCGACGCCUCCUGCAGCGCGUGGAGGAGUGCGACGAGCUAGAGCGGGUGGCGGAGGAGGACGAGGAUGACGAGGAGGACAGCGAAAGCGGAUUGGCCAGGGAGUCUCGUCUCAGCCACUGGAUGGGAAAACUAAGAGACAUGGUGGAGAAGCCUCACUCCGGCCUGCCCGGGAAGAUCUUCGCCUGCCUGUCGGUGCUGUUCGUCACGAUAACAGCCAUCAACCUAUCCAUAAGCACCAUGCCUGCCAUGAGAGAGGAGGAGGAGACUGGCAAAUGCUCUCAGAUGUGCUACAACAUCUUCAUCGUGGAGACGGUGUGUGUGGCCUGGUUCUCGCUGGAGUUCACGCUGCGCUUCAUCCAAGACCGCAGCAAGCUGGCCUUCCUCUGGCGGCCGCUCAACCUGAUCGACAUCAUAGCCAUCCUGCCCUACUACAUCACGCUGGUGGUGGACAGCACCUCCACGGGCCAGAAGCGCUUGGGCUCGGGCAGCAGCUACCUGGACAAAGUGGGCCUGGUGCUGCGCGUGCUGCGGGCGUUACGCAUCCUCUACGUGAUGCGGCUGGCGCGCCACUCGCUCGGACUCCAGACGCUCGGGCUGACGGCGCGCCGGUGCACGCGGGAGUUCGGCCUGCUCCUCCUCUUCCUCUGCGUGGCCAUAGCGCUCUUCUCGCCGCUCCUCUACCUGAUCGAGAACGAGGCCGGGGUCACGCGAGAGUUCAGUAGCAUCCCUGCAACGUACUGGUGGGCCGUGAUCACCAUGACCACGGUGGGUUACGGCGACAUGGUGCCGCGCAGCAUCCCGGGACAGGUGGUGGCGCUCAGCAGCAUCCUCAGCGGGAUCCUGCUCAUGGCGUUCCCCGUCACCUCCAUCUUCCACACGUUCUCGCGCUCCUACGUGGAGCUCAAGCAGGAGCAGCAGCGGCUGCUGCAGCGCAGGACUCACUUUCUGCUGCGCAGCCGCAUCGCCGGUCUGAGCAGCAACCUGUCGCUGGAGAGCAACGUGCUUUUUCCUAGCGUCUCGUCUGAUCACAGAAACCGCGAGGAAUAGGAGGACGCAAACGUGGACGACGCUAAUGGACGCGGAAUAUAAAGCAGCUGUUUUAUAUCUUGAAUGUCGUUUUACGCAUUGUCCAUCAACAGUCUGUUAAAGGGAUUUAAUUUUCAAAUAUGAAAAUUCUAUUAUCGUUUACUCACCCUCAUGUCCUUCCAAACCCCUAAAGGUCCUUGCACACUUGAGUCCAAAAUUUUUUCGUAUUCGUCAUCCUUUCCUAUCAAAAUCUUAUGCGAAAACGCAGAAAAACAAACCUGAUCCAAAUAUUUUUAUGACGGACGAAACUUUCGGAGGCAGUGUGUAAACAUGAUUGACACAACGUACUCGGUGUGCAAAGACCUUAGGACAAGUAGAAUUUACCCAAAAAUGAAAAUUGUCAUUUAUUCACCCUCAAGCCGUUCCAAGCCUGGAUGAGUUUCUUUCUUCUGUUGAACAUAAAAAAAGAUUUUGAAGAAUGUGAGUAAUUAAACAGUUGAUGGUCCCCAUUGACUGCCAUUAAAUGGAUAAAAUACUAUGGAUGUCAAUGGCUACCGUCAGCUGUUUGGUUAACCACAUUCUUCAAAAUCUCUUCAUUUUUGUUCAGCAGAAGGAAGAAACUCAUACAGGUUUGGAACAACUUGAGGGUAAAUAAAUGAUGACAGAAUUUUCAUUUUUGGGUGAAAUGACUUCAAGUCACAGUCUCUCCAUUGAAUGUAAAAUGAAUCCAUGUGAUGACCGAAUUUUCAUUUUUGGGUGAACUAUCCAUUUAAAAGUCUUUUAAGGGGUGCUCAGUCGUGAACCUUCCAGCAGAACUGACUACUGAGUUUAAGUUGAACAUAUCUGAACCUUUCAGACCUACGUAAUCGAGGUCUUUGGGGUUAUUUGAAAUGACUGGCUAUAAAAUUGGAAGUAAAUGCGAUAAGGUUGAUCUUAAUGAAGUAGGUCACAAAAAAUGAAAAUUCUGUCCUCAUUAAAGGCCCGUUCACACCAAGGUCAAUAACUAUAAUGAUAACAAUGAAGUUUUAAUAAUGGUUCCAAUUCUGUGAGAAAAGGGAAGUCCACAACGAAACUGUAAUGAUAACGACACAAAGCAACGAUAACAUUAGGAUCACUUUGAAAACUUUCAGAACCUUCCUGUCAUUUCAAACCACCUUCUGUGAAACACAAGAAGAGAAUUUUUGAAUAAUCUAAAAAUUAUUGAUGAAUGUGGGACUGGCACUUUUCAAGCAUCAAAAAGGACAUAAGCUGCCAUGUAAGUUUAAUAAAAUUAUUUGUGUGCUAUAUAAUGCCUUUUGAAAUUAUAAAAAAAACAAAAAACUUUAGACUCAUUUCACGAGAUUCAAAAGAAUUCAGUCAGUCAUGAAUUUGAAAUUAAAACAGUUGUUUUCAGUGAUUGAAAGAUAGCCUAAUAAAAUAAAAUAGCCUAAAGAAUUAGAUGAAAAACCUAAAUUAAACAAACAAACAAAAACACUUUUAGAAAUUAGAAAUGUUUAAAUGACAACCAAGUAAUGAAAGUUAUAUAUAAAGAUGAAAAGCUAUAUAAAAAUGAUAAAACUCAAAAACUAAUAAAAGUUACAAAACUAAAUUACUAAAUUUUAAAUAAAAAUGAAAACUGAAAAUAUAAUAAUUCAAAACUAAUUCAAAAAAGUAUGUACAUUUAUAUACUGUAAAUAUUUAUAAUAUAAAUAAUAAUGUGUAAUACUAAUAUAUAAAAUACUAAAAUAUCACAGGAACGCAUCAAGGUGUAAAGAAAGAUUUUAAGUAAAUAAAAACUUAAAAUAAGCACAAAGCUAUCAUGCGACCUCUGAAGUCCUGAUAUAUACUUUUAUGAAACUUUCAUGGUGCGUUUUUUGGUCAUUUUCUAGCUUGACAGGCCCGGUUCCCAUUCACUUACUCUGCAUUAUAUUGAAAAGAGUGGCCAGGAUAGGUCAUGGAAGAAAGCAAGUAUGUUUUGAGGCAACAUGAGAGUUAGUAAAUAAUAACAGAAUAUUCCUUUUUUGGUGAACUAUGCUUUUAAGAAGCAAAACUGAGCAUUUCUGUUUCAAUUCAUCAAACUCCAAGACAUUUUUUUUUUCAGGCCCCUUUUCAAAAUCUUUCUGCUUAAAGGUGCUUUCACACUACACUUUAAGUAUGCAAAAAAAAUAUAUAUAUUUCUGUGUGACAUUUAGGUCUUCUAUUGAUUAAACAUCUUUAUGAAUUCACAGGUCACCAAAUUUUGAUACACAGCAAAAGACGAAUCUUCUGCACAUAUGCGUGCGUACUCGGUCUCCCAUAUUUGCAUGCAUAUGAAUAGAAGCGAAUGGAAAACAAAGUCGAGUGUGAUCUCACCUAACAACAGGAAAUAAUUCAAUAUGAUGACCAUCAACACUUCACUCUGUUGAAUCUGCACAUGUGUUUUCAGUACUUCAGUACUGCAUGAGUAUCUUCCCUUUGUGCAAAUUUAAUUCUAACAAACACAAAUCACAUCACUGGAAUUAUGUUUUUAAACACCAGGUUUAUGUUCAAGGUUUCGUGCUGCUGAUAUUUGCUGAAGUAUAUGAUUCAAAUCCAUAUAACCUGCAGAUUUCAUGCCAUAUAAUUCUGUAUCACAAUAUACAAUAUGUAAUGUUUAUUGCUAAGAAAUCACCUGCCAGGAACAUCUCCCUAUAUAGUUUUUCACGACGCAUACUGUUUUUUUUUUUUUUUUUAUAAUUAUAUUAAUAAUAAUAAAUCACACAACAUGAAUAAACCUAAUUUCAUUUUUCUUGUGGUUACAUUUUUUAU